GUUCGUUCUCUUUUACUUUCAAACAUGAAGUUGAAGCAACUCAAAGUUAGACCCAAGAAGAUCUUGGAAGCCAGCCCUUGUCUUGCUGAGAUGGGUGCCUUAUUUGAAUGUUGGGCAACUGCUGGUGUCGAUGAUAAGCGUUGUGCAGCUAUUGCUCAAUCCUUGACUACUUGUAUGGGCAAGCCUGUUCAUAGAACAAAGCACUCCAACACUAUCAAUUACCACUUGGCUCGUUUAAGUAGACAACUAUAAACCUAUACAUAUUUAUACACACUCUCUCUCACACACCAUACUCAUAUACACGCAUACACUUGUAUUCUUGCCUAUUCUCUCUGUUUUUUUUUCUGUAACAUAA